UGCAGAUUUACUGCAUUGCUAUUCAGUCCAUGCCAGAUGCUUCGUUGUCAUGAGUCCAACAGAUAAAAGUGAGUCAACAAAACUGGUUGUUUACAUGAGUAACCGCUCAAAAAGAUCACAAGAAUCAUAAAAAGCCUACGAGAGGACCGCAAAAAUCAUUGGAAAAUGAGAUCUCAGAGAUGUUUGUAUUCGUGGAAGCAGAAGCAGUCGAUGAUUCUGUGGUUACUCCGGAACCAGAGGAUGUCAGGAUACUGGAGUCGGUGCACAAUAAAAUAGCAACUAGGCGCAUCCGGCGAAAGCUCCUGGCUCAAGCGCCAUUCAUCGUAGAGUCGCCUCCAGAUUUGGACAUCCUCUCUGUUUCUCCAGAGUUUCUUCUGGCUAACAGCAGCAUCCCGGAGCAUCGGAAAGCGGUCCAAAGGGAACAAGGAAUUCGUUCUCCCGUGUAAUUAAAACACUUCCAAUUAUUAAAACACCGAACGUUAGUCAAAAA